GACACUGUUUGUGGCAGUGGUUUUUCUGAAUAAAAAUUUAUAUUUUGUAUUUCUAAAAUUCUAUUAUUAAAUCUAAUGUAAUAAACUAAUUUCGCAUGCGUUUACGCUGCCGUUUGUAGUGAAAACACAUAUGUUUCUGCGUUAGCGCGUGAUCUGUGAGUCGCGAAGCGGGAGCAGAAGUGGCAGAACUUAAAUAUUGAACAUGCGGUGUUGUGUGCCUUUCUGCAGGAGCACUGCAGCCAAUGUGCCCACAGCAGAGGGCAGACGCAAGGACGAGGGGAUUACUUUUCACGGUUUCCCUAGUGAAGCAUGUCUACGUGCAGCUUGGCUCAGAGCCCUCGGCAAACAAGACACUCACCUGCCAGACUCUGCUGUGGUCUGCUCGCAGCAUUUUCUAAGUGAUGACUUCAGUGAGACGGAAAGUGGCUCGAGGCAGAUUGCUCCUGGCGCCAUUCCUUCAACAGUGCUGGUAUGCACAAUGUGCCUGGACAGUGACAGCAAGCAGUUGCCAAUGAGUAAAUACAAGUUGGAUGAGGCAUACCAACAGUUUAUUGGUCUUCCUUUGUUACAGUUGUGUGAUCGAGGGAACCUGCAACACACACUUUGUGUACGAUGUGCUCACAGACUGAUAAACGUCACCAGAUUUAGAGACGACAGCUUGAGAACCCGCUCACUGAUGAAGGACUUAGUUGAGAAACAUGAAGUUAUAACAAACGAACAUAUACAAAUAAUAAACCGAGACAAAGAAUUUGUAAAAACCAAAUUAGUGAUUACAACCCUCGGAGCAGACUAUUGUGACUUACACAUUGUAGAAGAGCAGGACGAAGACAAACACACUGAAUCAGAAGACACUGUACACAGUGGUGGUGGAGUGGUCGUGAAAACUGAUCACAAUCGUGACUCGUUAGAUUAUAGAAAUAUGGAAGUGAAAAAGGAAUAUGAUGGAGUUGUAGUAUCUCAUGGACCAGUGUCGGACUCUGGCACUGGGUUGGAGUCAACUGAUGAUGCUCUCCGGGAGACUGUCAAAGGGAAACUCACUGAAAGGAAACAAGUGGUUACAGUACAGGAAUUGUUGAAGUGCGAAAACAUUACUUAUGGAUGUACAGUUUGUGCGGAGGAUUUUCUCCAUGAAGAAGAUUACUAUGCUCAUAUGAACGUGCAUCUUCAGACCAGCGAUGCUGUCAGUGUAUGUGUGACGUCACAAGUGUGUGAGCCUGCUGCAGCUGCGAGCUCUGGCUGGCACUCGGCGCCCCUCAUUGAGCACAAGCAUGCAGUUCAGAGCCUGGACGAUGACUCUCCCACUCCCACAGACUUGGCUCUACCUUCAGGUAUUCCUUUGCCUGUGAGAGGUGCACCUAACGAAGAUGAAUUGAAGAACAGUGGACGAAAACUUGAUAUAAAUGACAGAGAACUAAACCAGUUGCGUGAUAGCAACAACGAAGCUAGCACAGACAUCAACAUUCUCACACAUGCAGUCAAACAUAAUGAUGUAUUCAAUGAACCUGAGAGACUACUUGAUAUCGUAAAUGUUGAUGCCUCUACUAAGUCUCAAUGUCAGAGUGCGAGUGACGUCACCGGGACACAGAACGUAUAUAAUAUAGCAAACACUUUCCAGAGUGAAACUGAUUGCUUGAAUAAUGACACUAAUAUACCAUUAACAAGCACAGCAGUAAAUAGUUUACACACACAUAAUGAGAAGAAAUGCUAUAUUUGUGAUGUAUGCAGAAAUAUGUUUAAACAAAAAAGGCUUUUAGUUAAACACAUAAAGUCUCACACUGAAAGUAAAAUAUUCACUUGCGAGUUUUGUCAAUGCAAAUGCACCAACAGAAGUCAUUUAGUGCGUCAUAUGCGAACUCACACUGUUAAAAAUCCUUAUUCUUGUACUUUAUGCGAGUACAAAUGUGCUCGCAACGUUCACUUAGUGAAUCAUAUGCGAACUCACACUGGUGAGAAGCCAUAUGCUUGUAACUUAUGCGAGUACAAAUGUGCUCAUAAACAUCAGUUAGUGUGUCAUAUGCGAACUCACACUGGCGAGAAGCCUCAUUCUUGUAACUUAUGCGAGUACAAAUGUGCUCUUAAACACCAGUUAGUGUCUCAUAUGCGAACUCACACUGGUGAGAAGCCUUAUUCUUGUAACUUGUGCAAGUACAAAUGUGCUAAUAAUAGCGACUUAGUCAGUCAUAUGCGAACUCACACUGGUGAGAAGCCUUAUUCUUGUACUCUAUGUGACUUUAAAUGUGCAGUUAAUAGUAGCCUAGUGACACAUAUGCGAUCUCACACUGGUGAGAAGCCUUAUUGUUGUAACUUAUGCGAGUACAAAUGUGCUCGAAAAGCUUACUUAGUGAAUCAUAUGCGAACUCACACUGGUGAGAAGCCUUAUUCUUGUAAAUUAUGCGAGUACAAAUGUGCUCAAAAAAUAUAUUUAGUGUAUCAUAUGCGAUGUCACACUGGUGAGAAACCUUAUUCUUGUGACUUAUGCGAUUACAAAUCUACUCUAAAGAACAACUUAGUGUAUCAUAUGCGAACUCACACUGGUGAGAAGCCUUAUUCUUGUACGCUAUGUGAGUAUAAAUGUGCAGUAAACGGUAACCUAGUGACACAUAUGCGAACUCACACUGGUGUGAAGCCUUAUUCUUGUCACUUGUGCAAGUACAAAUGUGCUCAAAAAAUUAACUUAGUAUAUCACAUGCGAUCUCACACUGGUAAGAAGUAUUCUUGUAAUUUAUGUAAUUUCAUAUGUUCUGAAAAUAGUAAAUUAGUAGUUCAUAUGCGAAUCCACACUGGUGAGUAGCCUUAUUCUUGUUCUCUAUGUGAGAUAAAUGUGCAGUAACCAGUAGCUUCGUAGAACAUAUGCGAACUCACACUGUAGAGGGACUUAUGCGAGUAAUGUAAAGCUAAGCGUUCUUUCUCUAGGGGCACAUGACCACGCUAGCGACACUGUAACACACACCCACACACUGCUAGGGUCAACAACACAUGUAUAAAUGUAAUACUGUGUGAUACGUACUAAAAUAUCUAUUAUGAGAUAAUAUUGUGUUUUUAUCGCUCUCUCUUUCGUCCCAUCAUCACGAAAGAGUAAUUCCCAGAUGUAGGAGUGAUUCAAACGUAGUAUGGGCACUAGUUUUAUAAUUACUUUCGAUGAUAUUUUGACGAAUACUGGGACUUUGUAAGUAACUAGCGGACGCCCGCGACUUCGUCCGCGUGAAACUCGAUGUAAACUUUCAACUACCCCUACCCCUACAAUAUUGGUUUGUAGUACAUGCUAUGUAUCAGAGAUGGCGCUGUAUGUGAAAAAAGAUUUUCCCUCUUUUCUGUUGAAAAUUUUCCUGAAUUUUCUUUGCUAUAAACCUCACGGAGCCCGAGACCUUUCCAACGAAUGCAAAACCGUGGAAAUCGGUUCGUGCGUUCUGGAGUUAUAGCGUCAGGAAGGAAAAUCCGACUUAUUUUUAUAUAAGUAAUAAACCUAUAGAUGGCAAAUUAAAACGUGUCAUUGCUUAGGGCUUACUAAGAAUUCAAUUCAAUUCAUUUAUUUUGCUGAGACAUACAAUCUAAUGUAUUCAGCCAUUUCUGGCAUACAACAAUUUAUAUGACAAAUACAAUAUUAUUGACAAAAAUAUAUAAUAAAUAAAUAAUAACAACUUAUGUCAAUAAUAAUUAAUAAUAUAAAAAUAAUCUCUUUACAAUGUCAUAGGAUCAAGUUUCAAGUUUCAAAGCCUUUAUUAUUCCUUACAUGUCUAUAAUUUAACAAUGUUUACAACUAAGAAAAGUAACACUUUCAAAUUGUUUUUUAGUAGGUUAGUCUUAUUUCUAAUUGAUUAAUUAAAUAUAUUUAACUAUGCAGUAAGGACCCCUCAUUGGGUAUAGGCCUCCUCCAGCCGAUACCAUUUAGUUCUAUUAUUUGCGACUGUGAGCCAAUUUCUGCCUGCUAACCGGACAAUGUCGUCGGACCAGCGCGACUUUGGUCUUCCUACUUUUCUUUUACCCGGUGGGUAUGUCAUGGGAUAAACAUAAUUAAUAAAUAUAAACAAAAAAACAGCAGUUAUCUUAUGUUUCGUUAUCGCAGUAAAACCAAGAUGAUGGUCGUUGAUCGGGCCAACAACUCGCCAAAAGUUACUCGGAUAGCGAAUUGCGAGGUCGUUCCGUCUUGGAUAUAUCUAGAAACUUUAAUCACAAACAGUGGCGGUUGCGAGUCCGGCUCGUAAAAACUCUUGUUUUCCCCAUUUUCUGAGACAUGGACUUUGGGACAAGUCGAGAAAAAAAAGAUGCUCUGGAGAUGUGGUGUUGAAGACGAAUGCUGGGAAUCUUCUGGACUGAGUUCUGCACUAACGUCUCUAUACUCCAAGAUCUCGACAUAAAACAACGUCUCUCGACAUUAGUACACAGUCGCAUUCUUCAAUUUUUUGGACAUGUCUCCCGGCGAUGGAAUGAGUGUAUCGAACGCUUUGUUGGCAAGGGAAGGUGGAGGGAACUAGGCCAUGAGGAAGGUGGUCACCCAUGCGAUGGACCGACAAGAUUAAAUCUGCUGUAGGCGGUCCCUUGCAGGAAUCUACACGAAUACACUACACACAGGGAGAAGUGGCGAAUGCUCGUGAGGCGUAUUACAUCUGCCUCCAACACGACCUAAAGACCACGACCGCUCUGUCAACAGUGCAGCGAGAAUCUUAUGUUUUGUUGUAAAAAUGUAUUAUUGGUUGUAAUAAAACAAUGUUUUCAUUUGGUA